AUGUUCAUCUUUGGUACCAGGAUGUUUGGCCAGACCGAUCGAGUUCCUGGUUUGUUUUAUGUUGCCACUAAAUUCUUUCACAUCAAUUUUGUUCCGCUCUGUCCAUUAUCGACGUAUCUGGUCAUUGAAGCAAGGGGGUUGGGUCCCAGAGGUAUCAGCGUUCCAAUGAGUUCCGACUCAUUGAUUGUGGCGUGGCUAAGGGCAUUUGGGUGGAUCAUUGCCUUUGCUUUUGCAUUGAUGACGGUUUCCUAUGCGCCCUCUUCUGAAAGCAAGAAUGGUACGGACUACACACUGCAAAUGGAAAAUUUUGCCGUAUUUUUGGGCUGCUUCUUUUUAUUCUGCGGUGUUGCACUCUUUUUGCAAUUUCAUUCACUUCUAAGGAAUGCCAGCUACGGACGUGCUACGGAAAUCUGCUCGACGAUGAUGCCUGGAGGGAGUCAAGGACUUCAGCGCCUAGUGGAUCAACAUUUUGGAAUGGAUGUGGUGGUCAUGGCUAGUGCCAUGAUUGCGGAAGAAGAUGGUGACAUGGAUCAUAUGGAAAUGGCGGUUGCCUCCUCCGCCACAGCACAGUUCUCGGAUACUUUGCCUGGGGAUCUUGCAAAGCAAAAAAAGCCACACCGAGACCGACCAACCAGACCGCCUUUGCCCACCGCAACAGUUUUGGAAGUAGUUUGA